CAGAGAGAGUGUGUGUGUGUGUAUGUAUGCGUGAGAGAACUGAAGGAGUUUCACACACACACACACAGACAGAGAGAGAGAGAGAGACAUGGAGCCGCAUUCACUUUAACAGGGGCAACACAAACACAAUACAACAGCAACAAGCCGCCCAAAAUGAUCUAAAGACAAACCGCGGUUUACGCUGGACUUCGGGAAACAGGAAAUAACCAAAGCAAUUUGUUUUCUUCUUUUAAUUGUAAGAAAAGGUGUGAAAAGUAAAUGAAUUUCAGUUAUAAACUUGCUAACGGAUAAUAAAUUAUAAUUUAACUUCCGUCGCCUUGUCACUUUUCUAAGCUGCGUUCACUGUGCUGUGCUGUGUUCAGCGGCUCCACCGAUUUGGCUGAAGUUUGUUGCUGAAGAGUUGUUGUGGGUUUUUUUGUUUUGUUUUGUUUUUAUAAAAACAAAGCGCAUUAUGGCCGAACACGAAAGUUUGGAGUUUGGAAAGGCGGAUUUUGUUCUUCUGGAUAAUGUGUCUUUGGAAGAGUUUCUGGCCAACCUUAAGCUCAGGUUUGAAAAGGGUCGCAUCUACAGCUACAUCGGUGAGGUGGUGGUAUCAGUCAACCCUUACCGUUCCAUGAACAUCUACGGACGGGACGCAGUGGAGCAGUACAAAGGCCGAGAGCUGUACGAGCGCCCACCUCAUCUCUUUGCCAUAGCAGAUGCUGCCUACAAAGCCAUGAAGAGACGAAAUAAAGACACCUGUAUUGUUAUCUCAGGGGAGAGUGGAGCCGGAAAAACAGAAGCCAGUAAAUACAUAAUGCAAUAUAUUGCUGCUAUUACAAAUCCUAGCCAAAGAGCAGAGGUGGAGAGAGUGAAAAACAUGCUGCUGAAAUCCAACUGUGUCCUGGAGGCUUUUGGAAAUGCCAAGACCAACCGCAACGAUAAUUCUAGCCGCUUCGGAAAAUACAUGGAUAUCAACUUCGACUUUAAAGGAGACCCAAUUGGUGGCCAUAUCAGUAACUACCUGCUAGAAAAGUCUAGAGUGAUCUUCCAGCAAGAAGGAGAGAGAAGUUUUCACUCUUUCUACCAGCUUGUGAAAGGCGCCCCAGAGUCUCUGCUGCGAUCCCUGCAUAUCCAGAAAGACCCUAUCGCUUAUAAUUAUAUUAAAGUUGGAGGACAUACCAAGUCCUCCAUCAAUGACAGUGCGGAUUUCAAAGCUGUAGCAGAUGCCAUGAAGGUGAUUGGUUUCACCACAGAUGAGAUCCAGACUGUCUACAAGAUCCUUGCUACCAUCCUGCACCUGGGCAACUUAAAGUUUGGCAGUGACGGCGACGUGACUCUGAUCGAGAACUCGAAAUUGGUGGCCGUGCUUGGGGAUUUGCUAUCAACUAAAGAGGAGAAUGUGGAAAAGGCACUGCUCUACCGCACUGUGUCAACCGGCCGUGAUGUCAUUGACAAGCAGCACACAGACAAAGAGGCCAGUUACGGCCGGGACGCUCUGGCUAAGGCCAUUUAUGAGCGCCUCUUCUGCUGGAUUGUGGGAAGAAUUAAUGACAUCAUUGAAGUAAAGAACUAUGAUAUCAAAAUCCAUGGGAAGAACACGGUGAUUGGGGUGCUGGACAUCUAUGGCUUUGAGAUCUUUCAGAACAACAGUUUUGAGCAGUUCUGUAUAAAUUACUGCAAUGAGAAACUUCAGCAGCUCUUCAUUCAGCUGGUGCUCAAGCAAGAGCAGGAGGAGUACCAGCGAGAGGGCAUCCCAUGGAAGCAUAUUGAUUACUUCAAUAAUCAGAUCAUUGUGGACCUAGUGGAACAGCAGCACAAGGGGAUCUUCGCCGUGCUGGACGAGGCAUGUAUGAAUGUUGGGAAAGUGACUGAUGAGAUGUUCCUACAGGCGCUCAACGGCAAACUGGCAAAGCACGCCCAUUACACCAGCCGUAAGCUCUCCCCCACUGACAAGAGCCUAGAGUUUGACCGAGACUUUCGCAUUCGUCACUAUGCCGGUGAUGUGGUCUACUCUGUGGUGGGUUUCAUCGACAAGAACAAGGACACCCUUUUUCAGGACUUCAAGAGGCUGUUGUACAACAGCUCGAACCCGGUUCUAAAGGCCAUGUGGCCCGAGGGUAAACUGAGAAUCACCGAGGUCACCAAGCGUCCCCUCACAGCAGCCACUCUCUUCAAAAACUCCAUGAUCUCACUGGUGGAGAACUUGGCCUCUAAGGAACCGUACUAUGUGCGCUGCAUCAAACCCAAUGAAGUGAAGUCCCCACUGCUGUUUGAGUACGAGCGCUGUAAGCACCAGGUAGAGUACUUGGGCUUAUUGGAGAACGUCCGUGUGCGUCGUGCUGGCUUUGCUAACCGUCAAACCUACCCUCGCUUCUUACAGAGGUAUAAGAUGAUCUCUGAGUUUACGUGGCCAAACCAUGACCUGCCCUCAGAUCAGGAGGCAGUGAAACGUCUGCUGCAAGGGUGUGGCUUUGAGCAUGAUGUGGCUUAUGGCAAGACCAAGGUAUUCAUCCGGACACCACGCACCAUCUUCAGUCUGGAGGAGCAAAGAGCUCACAUGGUGCAGAGGAUUGUCCUCUUUCUGCAGAAGGUAUGGCGUGGCACUAUUGCUAGGAUGCGUUACCGGCGCAUGCGGGCUGCACUCAUCAUUCUGCGAGCAUACCAGCGUUAUAAGGUCAAGUCCUAUAUCCGAGAGGUACAUCGGCGCUUCCAAAAUGUACGCAGCAUGAAGGACCAUGGCAAGCAUGUGAAGUGGCCCACACCUCCCAAAGUACUGCGCAGGUUCGAGGAAGCUCUAAGAAACAUCUACAACAGGUGGUGGGCCUGGACCCUAAUUAAAAUCCUGUCUCCAGAGGAGAUGUUACAGGUCAGGGCUAAAGUGGCCACACUAGAGUGCCUGAAGGGUCAAAGGGCAGACCUCGGCCUGCAGAGAGCCUGGGAGGGCAAUUACCUGAAUCGGGACAGUCCUGAAACAGCAUCUUCCUUCACCUUGGUGUCCAGUGACCUGCAGAGGAAAGAUAAGUUCAUGAGAAUUCUCUUCUCCUGCAACGUUCGCAAGAUCAACCGCUUCAAUAAGGCAGAGAACCGGGCAGUGCUGAUCACUGAUCGUCACCUCUACAAGAUGGAUCCACUGAAACAGUACAGGCCCAUGAAGAGCAUCCCACUGUACAAUGUGACGGGUGUGAGUGUGUCCCCAGGGAAGGACCAGCUGGUAGUCUUCCACACCAAGGACAACCGGGACCUGAUCGUGUGCCUGCAGGGCAUGGUGCCAGCAGGCGAGAGCCGCAUCGGUGAGCUGGUUGGCACCCUGCUCAGCCAUUUCAAAAGUGAGAAGAGGAAGCUCCAGGUGAAUAUUGUAAGCCCCAUUCAGUGCAGUAUGAAUGGUCGAAAGUGUACCAUCGUGGUGGAGACCAAAAUCAACCAAUCACAACCUGACUUCACCAAGAGCCGAUCAGGCUACAUACUUGCAGUGCCAGGCAACUAAACGACAGCUGCUGUCAUCAAGUCAGGAAUUUCAAAAUGUAAGCCAUUCUGAAUUUGAUGGAGAAAGACAUUUCUCUAUAAUCAGACAUCUAGAGCAAACGCCAUGUCCCUGAAUUUCAUAUUUCCACUCGGUAUAAUCACGAAAUGCAGAAUGAAUGAAUGAAUUAUUAAUAAGUGAUUCCUAAGUGAUUCCAUACACCUCCCUUGAGAAGUGCAUUAGUAAGGUCAUUGAUCAUGAUGGAUUUAUUUAUUUGCACUUUCAGCCAAAUGAAGGGGAAAACACACAUGCCAUAUUUAUAAAGAACACAAAAUACAAGCUUUCUGAAUAUAGAAGUCAUAUUUUGACAUGCUGGAAAGUGUUGUCUUGUUGUUUUUGCUGUUGUUUAAAGAGAAUAUUUCAGUUUUUGAUGGAGUAUUCAUUUGGGAUACAGAGUGGCUAGAGUAUAGCUUUAUGUAUAUCACAGAUCAUAGUGGCCAUAUAGGAAAUAUUUAGACUUCUUCAGCACAGGUUUUGUAGAAGGAUGUGUUGAGCAUAUCCGAAAACUUGCUGACUGCUCAGAGAGGAGCAUUAAAAUCUCUCAUAACUUAAAUACUUGUCAUGCAUCUUUUUCAUUUCAUUUAUGAAACUUGCAGGCGUUGUAUGUGGACGUAAAAGAGGAGAUAGUAAACCACAAUGUAUAUAAAUUUUAUAUAUAUAUAAGUAAGUCACUUUUUGUAGGAAAGUAAAAUAUUUCACCAAGAACAAAAAGAAUUUGCUUUUUCUUCUCCUCCCCCCGAAAAAAGAGCAGUCAUUUAUAUAUGGCUUAAAGAGUAGCUCUGUUCCAGACGACUGUCUUUAAGCACUUGUUUUGUUUUGUUUUAAAUAAAUCAAAGAGUAUUCGUUCUUCGGUUCUGUACCUGCUCACACUUGAAAUUAUAAUAAUGAUCCUGAGUUCUUCCUUGUGCAAUAGUAAUUCAAAGCAAAUAUUUAGAGGGUUAGAGCUCACUUUUGCAUUUCCAAAGAGAGACACUUUCAAAGAUCAGGACAUUGCACCAGAAGUGUAUAGUUUUAGUGGAAAAUCCCAGGAUAUCUGGCCUAGAUUUAGAAGUUGCUGAGAAAAGUAGUGAUAAAGUAUUGGAGAAAUGUAAGGGGGUUUUAGGGUCAUAGCGCAUGUCUAAAGUAUAUCAUCCACUAUGCUGAUACUGACACGAUCGAGUUGUGCUAUAGCAUUCAGCAACACUAAAUGUAGUGCCUACUGUCAGUCACAUUAUUAACAUGUACACGUGAAUGCACAGGCUUGGAGCCAGCGGAGCUAUUGUGGCUUUGAAAGGAAAAUACUACAAGUGGAGUUCAAUGUAGACUUUCACCAUUAGUGCCUUUUUCAGCCUAGAAGAAUUCUUUCCACAAUACUUUGCCGGUCACAUUCACUUCUGACUGGUUUCAGUUUCUUAAAUGGCUUUGCAUAGAGAGGAGCUUUUUGUGUAACAGAAUAAAAUCUAAUCGUCAUGUGUUCUAGUUUCUAAUUCUGUCCUCUACCGGAUCUCGACAUUUGUCUAUUAUCUUUCCUGCAUCUCUACGCUGUUUGCCUGGCAGGUGUACUCUCGGGACACCCCGAGAAAGACAGACACUAUGUACACGCACACAAACUGUCCCCAUGCCAUGUUGACCCAGGCAUACACACUGUCUGGCAUGAAGACAGCGCACUGCUGCUUUAAAUAUAAUUUUUGUAGACCCAAAACGGAAAUCCAUUCAGAAGGCUUGGUUUAUUUGAUAUUCAGGACUCUUGCCUGUGUUCAGAAAUGCAUCCUGUACUUCACACGCUUACCACUUUCCAUUACCGCGUUAAAGAGAUGUAGCAAUUGUUAAGUUUUAUGAAAUCUUAUUUCUGUCUCAGUCUUGAAGUAUAACCAUCACAUUCUUUUUGUUCAUGUGAUCUUUAUGGGCUCUUCCUUAUUGUGAAUUUCUGUCAUUUUGGUUCAAAUACCAAAUAAUAAGACAAUUUGCCUUGUGUUCUAAUCUGUAUAAUUUUGCUCUUCCAGCUGAAAAUGUAUGUGCCUAAUUUUGUGUUUCAUUUAUUUAAUUCAUUAAUUGCUUAAUUUUGAUACAUGGAGUUCAACCAAGUGAAAAGGGAAUAUUAUGAAUGUGCAUUUUUUUUUUCUGUUUUAAUGGUAAAUUGACUGACCAGGACUUUUUGAAUUGUAUAUUAAUCGUUUUCGUUUGGUCAAACACCUGACAGUUUAGUCAUCCAAACACUAAAGAAAAGACAUAUUUUUUAUUUUUCAGUUUUUAAUUUAAGUAACCGUAAAUCAAAAUUGGUUAAAAUAAAAUAAGCAAGAAAACAAACCGAGACCUGCUCCAUUUUGUUGCCUAAUCUUUAAUAAUAGUCAACUGUUGGGUAUAUGCUAUGUUGUACCAAAUAUCACUGCUCAAUAAACAUCCAGUACUUGA